AUGCGCACCUUCUUGGUGCUAGCGGCGCUUCUCGUCGCCCAGUCCUGCGCAGAAUGGCUGGAUGUGCAGUGUGCAUUUGGUGACCCCCAGCAAAUGGGCCGUCCCAUCAGUGUCACCUGGUCAGGCUCCCUAUCCUCAUCGAGCAUCGACAUUUACAUGGUCAAGAAUUCCGAUGUCAAUAAUCCCUACGCCUGGGAACUGAUCAACAGUCAUGUGUCGGUCAACUCUGGCUCCCGCACCAUCACCAUUCCCGAGGACUACGAGGAAGGCGAGUAUGCUUUCUUUUUCACCCUGUACUAUUCCUACACGGUCGUGGGCGCUUGUCCUGGCACUGAGAACAACUACGCCUCUACCUUUUUUGAUCUCGUCGAAUGGGCUUGCCAGGCACACGCUGAGUGCGGCUCUAGCCACUACUGCGACUACAGCGGCGAUUGCUACGAGUGUGCCUUCUGCAGUGACAACUAUGAUGCCUUUGACGGCCGUUGUCCUGACACCUGCGGUGGCUCGGCCUUUGAAAUUGGCGACCGCCUCCCCGACAUGUCCGAAAUCGAGGCCGUCGGUGCGGUACACAGCUUUCUUCUGUCGUCCUGCUCCGCUGGCAACGUGCUGGACACCCUCACCGACGAGCGCGCUACCUUUGCCCGCAACACAUCAACCAGCUACCCGCAACUCAUGACGCCCCGUCUUAAGAGCAAGCUUGAAGACUUGAUGGACAAUUUUGCGGAACUGGCCCAGGGAUAUUAUGCCGAGACUUGCGUCUCACCUUACAAUCUACACGUGUCCCAAGCCUACGUUCCCCCAGUCGCCGAUGGUCGCGCCCCCACCACGUUUAAUGAAGGCCGAUCUGCCUUCAUCACCACCCAGGAGGGUACGCCUGAAGCCAUGCAGAUUCUCGUGCUGGCAGCCAUCCGCUCCAAGUUUGACUGGAUCUCCUAUGUGGAUAACACCACUCUUCGGGUGAGCGUUAUCCGCGAGGGCUGCAAGUCGGCCAUUGACCUCAUCUUCGUUUUGGACGGCUCUGGAUCCAUUGAUCGGGAAUCGUACGGCGGUACGCCCGGUAACUUUCAAUACAAGAUUCUCGACUUUGUCAAACAAGUUGUGUCCUACUUUGACAUUAGUGCCAACGCCACACGCGUCGGCGUCAUCACCUUUUCCAGCUCGGCCGUUAUCAACUUCAACUUGAACAGCUUUUACGACAAGAGCGAUAUGCUUGACGCCAUUGACAACAUCAACUACCCGGCAUCCAGCACCCGCAUCUCUUUGGCCCUCGCCUCUGUGCGUCAAAACAUGCUCAAGGAGUAUAAUGGCAUGCGCCCCGAAUCUGAGGGCGUGCCCAAGGUCGUCGUGGUCUUGACCGAUGGUCAGGCCUCUAGCGGCUACGAACCCGCCUACGAGGCGGCCCUCCUCAAGGAUAUGGGCGUCAACAUGUUCUCCAUUGGUAUUGGCUCAAGCAUCGAUACGGAUCAGCUUGAGGACAUGGCGACCGCACCAUUGGCCUCGCACAUGCAUCUUCUGAAGAACUUUGAUGCCAUUCCCGACAUUGUGGAUACCAUGUCGGCCACGACGUGUGAUGCUCCAGCUGUCAUUGAUUCGGGCUCCACCACGACAACUACCGUCGAGAACUGCGGCGUCAAGUACUUUCAACCCCAGUGCGGUUCCCUCAGCAGCCUCAUCAUCGAGCUCGAGAUCUUUUCGGGCGCCGUCGACCUUUACGCUUCUCGUCGUACCCCUUACCCAAGUGCCUUUGAUUAUCAGUACCGCCUGCUGGCCAGCACGCUCACCAACAACAUUGGUCGCCUGGCUGUUGCGGACGAGAACAGCACCCAGCUCUAUCUUGGUGUGCAUGGCGCUGGUAGCGGCACCAACGUUUUUCAGGUUGCUGUCUUUGCUGAUCUCUUUGAUGGCAUGCCCCAAUUCUCUGCUGCCAUCACUUUUGAGGCUGCUGUCGGCGAGACAGUGUUCACUGUUCCCGAGCUCAACUCGGAUCUUGUGCCGCAAGGAGCGACCCUCUCCUACAACCUGGCUGAAUACAGCGGCCUGUUUGCCGUCAAUUCGUGGACGGGCGAGAUUACCGUCAAGUCUUCCCUCACCAACUAUCUGGGUCAAACCUUCAACCUUCGCAUCCUCGUUGAGGAAGAGUCAGAUGAUUGCCUCAACGGUAUCUUGUUGGUGACCAUCACCGUGAACGAUGAUGAGAUUCCAGCUCCCCAGUGGCGUGGUAUCUCUCUCCCCCCCUUUCGUCUACAGGUCACCGAGGAUACACCGGUGGGCCAGGUCGUCCUGACUGUGCAAGCCGAGGACAACGAGGGUGAUCCCAUCGUCUACGCGCUGGAAUAUCCGGAUGAUGUCAGCGCGCGUCGCCGUCGAGCCACUCCGGCCUUUACCAUUGAUGCUACCACGGGUGCCAUCUCGGUGGCUCGUGUGCUCGACGACAGCACGGACGGCACGAUUUCCAUGAACGUGACUGCCACUGCACAAGACGCCUACAUGACAACUGCUCGCGCCAGCUUGACCGUCACUGUCGAGGGGGUGGCCUGUCCUGUGGGCUAUCACUCAGACACGGGUACUCUGCCUUGCGAUGCCAACUCACCCGCUUGCGCUGCGGAUGAGAUUGAAACCGCCCCACCCACUGUCACGAGCGAUCGUGUUUGCACGCCCUUGAACCCCACAACAACGUCGACUACCACCACCACUACUACCACCACUACUACUACCACCACUACCACGACCACGACCACUACCACGACCACGACCACCACUACUACCACUACCACCACCACCACAACAACCACAACAACAACCACCACAACCACCACUACUACCACUACAACCACCACAACAACGACUACUACUACCACAACAACUACAACAACCACAACAACCACAACAACCACAACAACCACAACAACCACUACCACCACAACAACCACUACCACUACAACCACUACAACCACUACAACCACCACCACCACAACGACUACUUCUGCCCCGACGACAACAGAUGACAACCCAAUCAUCAUCGAGGACGACGACGAUGCCACUACCUCGUCAUCGACCACCAGCUCAACAACAACAACUACUACCACAUCAUCGACUGCCGACCCCGACCUCGACUUUUCCGCCGGCGCCAAUAAUGACAAUGACAGCGAAGCUGCUACGGGCAAAUCAGCGACCAAAUGGCUGGAAACUUUCUCCGAAGAUGUUGAGCGCAAAUUCCGUCGUGUUGCCGUUUUUGAUCACCUUCGCACAGGUCGCAAGUGCCUGGCCCUGAACGACAAGGAGCUGCAUGGCGUGUACAACGCGCUCUGCCUGCGCAUGCCUGAUCCUGAUGCUGUUGCCUACUAUCGAGGUAACCUUCACCGUACACUCAAGUCAAAGGUUGACAAGAAGGAUCCGGCUGCCGCUGCAGAGCAAGCCGUGGAUUUGCUUCAGGACCCUCUGAUCGACCUGUUGGUGGAAAUUGCGAUUGAUUGUGCCGCUCUCAACCCCUCGUUGUACGAGGAGCCCGUUGCGCGGGCUGGCUCGAGUGAGGCCCUGUACUCGGAGAUUGACGACUACAACCCGUACCUCAACCCCUUUGGCAACAACCCCUAUGGCUCACAUCUUUAUGCUGCUCCCGAGUAUGAGGCCUUGUAUGAGGAUGCGUCCAUGAGCCGUGACUAUGUCUCCCCGUCCUCGUCUGACCCCCUGUACGCCGAUCCCAUGAGCACUACUACCUAUGGUCGCGCUGCCAACGCCAAGGCAGGUCAUGGUGGCGUGUAUGAGCUGGCUGUUCUUCCUGGUGCAGAUGAUACCUAUGCAAUGGCUUGCCGCGAUGGCCCUCCGCCUGCUUAUGAAGACGGCAUCUAUGACAUGGCUCAAGGCAAGGGCCAACAGCCUGAAGGUGGUGCCGAUGACAUCUACGACAUGGCUCAUCAGGUUGGCGCCAAGGCUACCAAGCGAGGUGCCCCAGCCCAAGCGCAAGACACGUAUGAACUGGCCGAUCCCGAAUCGGAGGACAUGUAUGCCAUGGCUUCACCGGAUGAUGAUGAAUGCACCUACGAUGUAGCCCGCCCACAGGGUGGCCGCGCUUUCAAGGGCCAAGCGAGCAAGGGCAUGCCCGGUCAGAUGGGCGCGCGUGCAUUGGCAGCUGGCCAGAAGGCCUCAGCCUACGACGUGGCAGCUCCAGCUGGUGAUGACGAUACCUACGCUCUGGCUUCUCAAGAUCGCGCUGCCGCCUCUGGUGCUGACAGCUACGAGCUUGCCCGCCCGGGCGAAACAAUCUACGAUGAUGCCAUGAUGCUGGGCGAAACCCCGCAAACGAGCAGCACGGACGGUGGCAACCCGGCACAAGGUGUGCGCAUGCGACCCAAGCGCGGCGCGAAUGCGGCUGAGUACCAAAUGGCCACUGGACGUGGGGCCAAGGCCAGCGAUUAUGCCCUCGCAAAGGAUUCGGCUCGUGACUCUACUGCAGAACCGAGCUAUGCCUUGGCCGAGAAUGAGAACGAGAACGGUGACAAUGAUGAUGAAGACGACUACGCCACGGCCAACCAGACGCACGACCGUACGAGUGUGUAUGAUACGCUGCCUGGCGGCGUGUACGACAUUGGCCAAACCGCGGGUUCAAACGCCGAUCUGUAUGCUCUGGCUCAGGAAGAGGACGCCACCGGUGAGACUGAGACCGAAUUGGAUUACGUGCUAGCCAUUAACAAGGGUGGCCCUUCAGCAACCGGUAUCUAUCAACUGGCAGAUACGGGUGAUGCCGAGGGCGAUUAUGAGAUGGCUGCGGGCACCGACGAAGUGUAUGAUGAUGACGACAUCUACGACUCGCGCACUGUGAUGUCUGAAGUCACUGCCACCGAUGGCGAGUAUCUCACUUUGAGCGACAAGGGCAGCCGUCGUCAAUCGACGAUUAUUUAA